AUGGAGACGUUCAGAGACAUCCUGUGCAGACAGGUGGACACGUUGCAGAAAUACUUUGACGGCUGCGCCGAUGCCGUCUCCAAGGACGAGCUGCAGAGAGACAAAAGUAAGACCAUCAAUGUCUGUUGAUCAAGUCUUCAGUGCUAGCUAGACAGCCACCCAGGCCUAGUAUUAUGAGGUCUAGUGGGAAGAAAAAUCACAUGCAGUUGAUCUGUGAGACCAAACCUAUGGGUUCCUACUUAUUGCUGCAAACUGUUGAACAAAAAUAUCACACUACCACAAAGAACAAUGGAGAAAUACCACAAAAAGACUCAAAACAAUAUUUGGUGUUCCCAGAAGAAAUGCCAAAUGUGUGGAUCAAGAAAAUAUGUAACUUUGGGGAAAUAUUUGCAGAAUGUUUUAGAGGAAUGCGUUCCGUCAGCCACCUUAUUGAGAUGCAGGUUUUCCAGUCUCUCUUUCCCUCUUUUUCUCUCACUCUCUGCUCUCUCUCUCUCCCUCCCUCUCUCCUUCUCUCGCUCCCCCUCUCUCGCUCCCCCUCCUCUCCCUCCCACUUUCUCUGCCUUCCUCUAAACCCCCUCUCUCUCCCCCCUCUCUUUCUCUCUCUCCCUCUCCCUCUUUCCACCCAUCCCUCUUUCUUUGGGCUGCCAGAACAUUUGCUCAUGGUAGAGUUUGUGCUUUGUCACCGUGCCAAACGACAGCUGUCAAUGACCACAGACAAUCAAACAGUUCCUUUGUUACCCAUCAGAUCCCUCCCUCUAUCCCCCUCUCAUCUCUCUUGCUUCCUCCGUCCAUCCUUUGCUCCUGCAGAAGAGGCCAGGGCAUUGUUGUGGCAUUGAGGACAGUACAGUAGAGUUCUGUCAGUCUGUUAGCCUGCCAUGCUCUGUGGCUGGGUGCAUGCAUAGGCAACUCUUGGCACUACCCUACUCUGGCUCUAUUGGUGACUCUGCAGGGACUUUGUAGGAACUAGUGUACUGUAUGACCAUUGCUGACUUCUCACUCUCUUUCGCUCUCGCUUCUUCUCUCUCAAGUUGUGGAAGAUGAUGAGGAUGAUUUCCCCAACACUCGGUCAGAUGGAGAGUUCAUCCACAACAACAACGGCAGCAAGGAGAAGCGUAAGUAAAGCAGAAUCCCCUCUAAAGAAAAGUUAGAAUGUUUACACUUUGAUAAUUUUUUGGGGGAAAUCAACAUUUUAGCAUUCUGUCUGAAAAAACAAGUGUAGUUAUUGUGUUCUUAUGUAAUGGAAAGAGAAGGCUUUGGGACUGGAGAAAAUUUUAAACAGGCUCAUUGUGUCUUAAAUCAAUGUUUUAAACACCUAUUUUAACAAAUAUUCCUCUCCUGCUCUGCAGUAUUCCAGUCUCUGAGCCCUAAGGGCAUCAAUGGAAUAGAUUUUAAGGGCGAAGCCAUCACCUUCAAGGCCACUACAGCUGGGAUCCUGGCCACCCUGUCCCACUGCAUCGACCUCAUGGUGAAGAGAGAGGACAGCUGGCAGAAGAGACUGGACAAGGAGACGGAGAAGAGGAGGAGGAUAGAGGAGGGCUACAAGUCUGCUCUCUCUGAGCUCAAGAAGAAGUCUCACUUUGGAGGCCCUGAUUACGAGGUGAGAAGAUUGACUCAGUUGCUCUGUCUUGCAGUCUUUAUAUCUUUCUCAGCUUUUCUUCUGUUCAGUUGUAUGGUUUGUCAGUUCUAUGAUUGUUUUGAGGCAGGUGAAAAUACAACUGUCAGUCUCAUCCUCAGGUAAUCAAUGCCAUGUUACACUCUUCCCUUCAUCAUUCUUUUCCACCUCCCUCUCUUCUCUUUCCAGGAGGGGCCUAACAGCCUGAUCAAUGACGAUGAGUUUUUCGAUGCCGUUGAAGCAGCUCUCGACAGACAAGACAAGAUAGAGGAACAGGUACCAGAACAAGGGCAAAACCCCUCGGCCUCAAUUGGUAUAGAAUUAAUCUAAUUCUAUAAUAAUAAUGAUAAAUCUUCGUAUUACAUUGAGUACAUAUGUUUAAUCAUGGCCCUGUGUGUGUGUGUCUAGUCUCACACUGAGAAGUCGAGGAUACAGGCAUCCAGUCCAGUUCCCCCAGGAGAUGUCUACUCCACCAUGGGAUCACACAGAUUCACUGACAAGGUUAUUCACCUCUUUUAGUCCUGAGCACCAUAAUUUAACUAUCACCAUCAUUCUCUCUCUUUCAUUCAUCCUCUCCCCCCAUUUUCUUUUUUUCACUCUCCCCCCACGUCUGUCUGUUGUCUGUCUGUCUGUUCAUGUCCUUCCUGUAGCCCCAUAGUCACUCUCCUCUGAUAGUCACUGCCCCUCACAAGGUCCACAGAUUCAGCUCUGAGGUAACUGCUCCGUGGCUGAGUGUAGCCCCCCCCCCCAGGACUGGCUGAAUUUCUACACUUUCAUCCCACAGGCAUCUGUCUCUUUCAGCAUGAUGCUAGCUGCAAGCAUGAAGUUGGCUGCCCGUCUGACGAUGCUAAAUUGCUGUUGAGAUAAUACUAUAUUGUCUGUUAGCACACAUAUUUACUGGCCUCUGCAUGUCAUAACUGCUUCCUCACAAUACAAGUGUUGGCUUGUCUUUCCUGUAACACUUAUGUGUUUAUCAGUGAGCAUUUAUGUCUGUCUGACCUUUAGCCCUGUCUGUCCCUUCCUCUUCCUGGUUGACUGUGAUAGGUGGAGGAGAUGGUGCAGAAUCACAUGACCUACUCGCUGCAGGAUAUGGGCGGAGACGCCAACUGGCAACUGGUGGUGGAGGAAGGAGAGAUGAAGGUAGGAGAGAGGUGGAGAGCGAGAGGGAGAGAGGUGAUGAUUAUGCUGCCACUGUCAGUCUUUUUAUACAAAUUAAUACAAAUGUACAUGAAUAAUACAUAUCUAAACCAGCUGGAGCAGUUUGAGCCUCACACACACAUACCUGCACACCUGUUUAUACAUCUUCCCUCUGUAUGUGUGUUGUGUAGGUGUACAGGAGAGAGGUAGAGGAGAACGGUAUCGUCCUGGACCCCCUGAAGGCCACUCACUCUGUAAAGGGAGUGACAGGACACGAGGUGUGCCACUAUUUCUGGGACACAGAUGUACGCAACGACUGGGAGAGUAAGUCUCAUCUGAACAAUAGAAUGCAUAUACAGUGCCUUCGGAAAGUAUUCAGACCCCUUGACUUUUUCCACAUUUUGUUAAGUUACAGCCUUAUUCUAAAAUUGAUUUAAAUGUUUUUUUCCUCAUCAAUCUGCACACAAUACCCAAUAAUGAGAAAAGCAAAAACAGGUUUUUAGAAAUGUUUGCUAAUUUAUUAAUUAAAAAAUUAUGAAAUAUCACAUUUACAUAAGUAAUUCAGACCCUUUACUCAGUACUUUGUUGAAGCACCUUUGGCAGCAAUUACAGCCUUGAGUCUUCUUGGGUAUGACACUACAAUUUUGGCACACCUGUAUUUGGGGAGUUUCUCCCAUUCUUCUCUGCAGAUCCUCUCAAGCUCUGUCAGGUUGGAUGGGGAGCGUUGCUGCAAAGCUAUUUCCAGAGAUGUUCGAUUGGGUUCAAGUCUGGGCUCUGGUUGGGCCACUCAAGGACAUUCACAGACUUGUCCCGAAGCCACUCCUGCGUUGUCUUGGCUGUGUGCUUAGGAUCGUUGUCCUGUUGGAAGGUGAACCUUCGCCCCAGUCUGAGGUCCUGAGACCUCUGGAGCAGGUUUUCAUCAAGGAUCUCUCUGUACUUUGCUCCGUUCAUCUUUCCCUCGAUCCUGACUAGUCUCCCAGUCCCUGCCGCUGAAAAACAUCCCCACAGCAUGAUGCGGCCACCACCAUGCUUCACUGUAGGGAUGGUGACAGGUUUCCUCCAGACCUGGCGCUUGGCAUUCAGGCCAAAGAGUUCAAUCUUGGUUUCAUCAGACUAGAGAAUCUUGUUUCUCAUGGUCUGAGAGUCUUUAGGUGCCUUUUGGCAAACUCCAAGCAGGCUGUCAUGUGCCUUUUACUGAGGAAUGGCUUCCGUCUGGCCACUCUACCAUAAAGGCCCGAUUGGUGGAGUGCUGUGGAGAUGGUUGUCCUUCUGGAAGGUUCUCCCAUCUCCACAAAGGGACUCUGGAGCUCUGUCAGAGUGAUCAUCGGGUUCUUGGUCACCUCCCUGACCAUGGCCCUUCUCCCCCGAUUGCUCAGUUUGGCCAGGCGGCCAGCUCUAGGAAGAGUCUUGGUGGUUCCAAACUUCUUCCAUUUAAGAAUGAUGGAGGCCACUUUGUUCUUGGGGACCUUCAAUGCUGCAGAAAUGUUUUGGUACCCUUCCCCUUCCCCAACUGUGGGACCUUAUAUAGACGGGUGUGUGCCUUUCCAAAUCAUGUCCAAUCAAUUGAAUUUACCACAGGUAAAUCAAGGAUGAUCAAUGGAAACAGAAUGCACCUGAGCUCAAUUGCGAGUCUCAUAGCAAAGGGUCUGAAUACUUACUUAAAUAAGAUAUUUCAGUAUUUGUAUUUAUUUAUACAUUUGCAAAAAUGUCUAAAACUGUUUUUGCUUUGUCAUUAUGGGGUAUUGUGUGUAGAUUGAUGAGGGGGGGGGGGGAAACAACUUAAUCUGUUUUAGAAUAAGGCUGUAACGUAACAAAAUGUGGAAAAAGUCAAGGGGUCUGAAUACUUUCCGAAGGCACUAUACUUAAUGAAUCAGGUCGGCCUGGUUUGUGAAAGCUAUCCAUUUCUACCAGUUUCUUUCAAAAACAGGUUUUUGAAGUCUUAAGGCAUAUGUAAAGCUUUCCAUAACAAAGAUUUCUUGACUUAUACUUUGCAAUUCUUCAGACUUUGGGUCUUCCACUUUAUACCAACUCCUGGUAAUGGCUUUUGUACUAGGAGCAAGUCAAACUUAAAUCAAGUAUCUAUCACUGUUAAUUACAACUUCUAGAACAUUACCAAGGUACAUUAUAGGGGAUGUUCUAGGGACUUCAUAUCCCAGAACAUAUUUUAUUACAGAACAUACAUUCUCCCAGAACAGUGUUAAUUUCUUACAUUCCCAAAAGACAUGUGGUUGGCAUCGACAUGGCCACACAGUCAACAGCAUGGUUGUUGUGUACCUAGCUGUUGGUUUUUGUUUCUAGAUGUGAUGAAAAACCGAGUCAUGUUUUUCCAACAACUCCUGCCAUGUUCUUAUGCUUGUAGGAGUAUGUUGUGUUUUGCAUAUAUUGUCCCAAUCUUCCUCAGAAAUAUCAGUCUUUAAUUCCUUCUCCCAUUUUGCUUUAAUAUAAAAGGUUGAAUCUUUUCUAGAAUCAAUCAGGCCAUGACAGAGUGAAGAAUUUGUCUUGGAUGUUCCUUGUUCAUAUUACAUAUCGAAUGACAUGAUAGUCACAUUUGGUAUUGUAGAAGGCUCUUUCAUUUGAUCUGUUUUUCAAAAUAAUCCCUUAACUGUAAGUAUCUGAAAAAACCUUGAUUUUCCAUACCAUACUUCACCUUUUAAAUUCUGAAAACUUAAGAGCUCUCUAUCCUCUACAAUGGCACAAAAUGCUGUCAUGCCUCUCAGCCCAUUCCUUAAAUGUUUUAUCAUAAAUGCCUGCUUUAGAUUUUGGGUCAAAAGCAAACCAUUUCAAAAUUCUGACUUCCUUUUCCAGCUUGUGUUGUUUCACCAUCCUAAACCAAAGGUCUAGUGUGAAUGAUGAUAUUGGGUUAAGUAUUCCUGUUAAAUUCACAAAUGUCUUUAUCCCCGGCUAUAGAUUGGAUUGGGCAACCUUGAACGGCAGCCUCAAUAUCUUUUCAUAUAGCGCUGUAUUGUGGGUCCCACCGACACACUAGAGGCCUAAAUUGUACACUUAACAAAAAUAUAAAUGCAACAUGCAACAAUUUCAAAGAUUUGAAUGAGUUACAGUUCAUAUAAGGAAGUCAGUCAAUUGAAAUAAAUUAAUUAGGCCCUAAUCUACGGAUUUCAUAUAACUGGGAAUACCGAUAUGCAUGUGUUGGUCACAGAUACCUUAAAAAAAGGUAGGGUCGUGGAUCAGAAACCAGUCAAUAUUUGGUGUGACCACCAUUUGCCUCAUGCAGCACGAAACAUCUCCUUCGCAUAGAGUUGAUCAGGCUGUUGAUUGUGGCCUGUGGAAUGUUGUCCCACAACAUGCUGAAACAUGAGAUGAUGGCGGCGGAUGAAUGGCACGACAAUGGGCCUCAGGAUCUCGUCACGUUAUCUCUGUGCAUUCAAAUUGCCAUCAAUAAAAUACAAUUGUGUUCGUUGUCCGUCGCUUAUGCCUGCCCAUACCAUAACCCCACCGCCACCAUGGUGCACUCUGUUCACAACAUUGACAUCAGCAAACCGCUCACCAACACGACGCCAUACACACUGUCUGCCAUCUGCCCAGUACAGUUGAAACCGGUAUUCAUCCAUUAAGAGAACACUUCUCCAGCGUGCCAGUGACCAUCGAAGGUGAACAUUUGCCCACUGAAGUCGGUUAAGACGCCGAACUGCAGUCAGGUCAAGACCCUGGUGAGGACGACGAGCACGCAGAUGAACUUCCCUGAGACGGUUUGUGACAGUUGUGCAAAAAUGAUUCGGUUGUGCAAACCCACAAUUUAAUCAGUUGUCCGGGUGUCUGGUCUCAGACUUCCUGCAGGUGAAGAAGCAAGAUGUGGAGGUCCUGGGCAGGCAUGGUUACACGUUGGUCUGCAGUUGUGAGGCCGGUUGGACGUACUACCAAAUUCUCUAAAACGACGUUGGAGGCAGCUUAUGGUAGAGAAAUGAAGAUUAUAUUCUCUGGCAACAGCUCUUGUGGACAUUCUUGCAGUCAUGUCAAUCGCACGCUGCCUCAAAACUUGAGACAUCUGUGGCAUUGUGUUUUGUGACAAAACUGCACAUUUGGCCUUUUAUUGUCCCCAACACAAGGUGCACCUGUGUAAUGAUCCUUGAUAGUAACUUGUCCCAGAGGUUGAACUGUUUUGGGGGACCUCUACUGGUAGAGAUGGGAAUAAAUACAGCAGUCUAGGGACUAUUCAUUUUCACUGUCUUUAUUCUAGAGCUGAAAUCUAAAGGAAGAAGUGACCGUCUCUCUAUAUCUUUAUGAAUAUUUAGGAUAGUUGGCUUAUUUGUUAUAGCUUUGUAAUAUAUUUUGUUAGGUUUACUCCUAUACAGUGCCGUGAACAAGUAUUUGCCCCCUUUCAAGUUCUCUUUUUUUGCAUAUGUUUGAUACUGAAUGUUAUCAGAUCUUCAAUCAAAACCUAAUAUUAGAUCAAGGGAACCUGAGUUUACUUACUUUAUUUAUUUAAUUAACAAAGUUAUGCAACACCCAAUUCCCCUGUGUGAAAAAGUAAUUGCUGCAAUGACUGUAACCAAAUGCGUACUGUAGUUGUUGAUCAGUCUCUCACAUCACUGUGGAGGAAUUUUGGCCAACUCUUGCAUGCAGAACUGCUUUAACUCAGCGACAUUUGUGGAAUCAAGCAUGAACUGCCACAACAUUUCAAUUGGGAUUAGGUCUGGACUUUGACUAGGCCAUUCCAAAGCUUCAAAUGUGUUGCUUUUUAGCCAUUUUCAUGUAUACUUGAUUGUGUGUUUUGGAUCAUUGUCUUGCUGCAUGACCUAGCUGCGCUUCAGCUUCAGCUCACAGACUGAUGGCCUGACAUUCUCCUGUAGAAGUAUCUGAUACAGAGCAGAAUUCAUGGUUCCUUCUAUUAAGGCAAGUCGUCCAGGUCCUGAAGCAUCAAAGCAUCCCAACCAUCACACUCCCACCACCAUGCUAUACCGUUGCUAUGAGGUCCUUGCUAUGUAAUGCAGUGUUUGGUUUUCGCCAAGCAUAAUGGGACCCAUGUCAUCCAAAAAGUUGACUCAAGUUUGCCAAAAAGCACCUGGAAGCACCUGGGUGAUCACCAAGACUCUUGGAAGAAUGUUCUAUGGACAGAUGAUUCAAAAGUAUAACUUUAGUUUAGCAGUUCCAGCUAAAACCAUAUGUAUGUUUUAUUUCCUGUGAUAGGGUGUAGUUGGAGUAUAUUCUGUGUUUUGUGUAGAUUUAGUUUGUAUCCUGAAUAAUAACCAUCCUUCCAACAUAUUCGUUAGUUUUGGGAGGCAAGUGUUACAAACUAGCACAUCCUUGGCAUACAAGGCGAUUUUAUGCUGUUUUCCUCUGAUGGUAAUCCUAGUAGUUCCUAAUGUUACCUUAACGUUUGGGCUAGGUGCUCAAUAUGUAAGGCAAACAAAGCUGGGGAGGUGCACCAUCCCUGCCCUGGACUGCAUUGUAAAGUAAUUUGAUUUGUCAGAUGGCAGUUCACUUUAAUUCUAGCCAUGGGAUCUUGAUAAAUGUUUUUAAAACACUGAAUUGCAUCUGGCACUUCAAGUUUUCAAUACUGUCAUUUUCUGCAAUGUUUCCAAUCUCUGUAGUAAGGUCUCUACAUUUUAAAUAAUUGAGUGAUUUAUUUGAUAUGUUCUUAUUCUGGUCUCUCUUUCCUUUAAUUCAGCUACUAUUGAGAACUUCAACGUUGUGGAGACGUUAUCGGAAAAUGCUGUUAUCGUGUAUCAGACACACAAGGUAAGAGAGAAUGAGUAAAUCACAGGUUUCAAACCCAGUCGCCUUCUGAGUUAAGAUUUGUUCCACUGAAUAUCACACCACAAUAAAGGCAUUUUAAUGCAUAAAGAGUGCCUUGGUACUCUUAGUUUUUCGGUCACACUUUUAAGUGUGUCUACUAAAUGACUGAAAGUAAAACCUACGUGUGUGUUGCAGAGGGUGUGGCCUGCCUCCCAGAGAGAUGUGCUCUACCUGUCUGCCAUGAGGAAGAUCCUGGCUAACAAUGAGAAUGACCCAGACACCUGGCUGGUGUGCAAUUUCUCUGUGGACCACGACAACGCCAUGGUCAGUAUAACCCCCCUAACCCUACCCCUGGCGACCCAGACACCUGGCAGGUCUGCAGCUUCUCUGUGGACCACAACAACGCCAUGGUCAUUCUCAGUCUCAGUCUUCCUGGAGAUGGGCUUUUCCAGGAAUUCCUGAUUCCCCAGACUGACAAUCUAUUGGUGUGAGGGGAAAAAAAGCUGUUACAAUAACAACCUGGUUCGUCAUACAAAUAUUUGUCUUAUAUUUUCUUUGGUCAAUGCUUGUGAAUUGAUGAUCUUUCAUGUCGUUGUCCCCCCUCAGCCCACCAACAGGUGUGUCCGUGCCAAAAUCAACAUCGCCAUGAUCUGCCAGACCCUGGUAAGCCCACCAGAGGGCGACAGAGAGAUCAGCAGAGACAACAUCACCUGUAAAAUCACCUACGUCGCCAACGGUGAGCUCACCUCUUAAAACACUGAUCGCCACUAAAGAUGACCAUGCUAGAACGGACAAAAUAAGCAGUGUUACAAUAGCCAUGUAGUACAUUACCAAUAACUAUGUAUUCUUCAGUUAACUAUAUAUUGUAUAUGAAUCUACAGGUGUUGUGAAUGAACCUGUUCUCUGUGAUAUCCUGUGUAACGUGUAUUUCCUUUUCAUCUAAGUGAACCCGGGAGGCUGGGCUCCUGCCUCAGUCCUGAGGGCCGUGGCCAAGAGGGAGUACCCCAAGUUCCUCAAACGUUUCACUGGCUACGUCCAGGAGAAAACAUCCGGGAAACCUAUUCUCUUCUGA